GCGAAUAUGUUUUCAUUCAUUAUAUAUUAUGUUUUAAAAAAUCCAGAUGUAAAAAAGAAAAUGAUAGAAGAAAUUGAUAAAAUAUUCCGAGAUGAUAAAAUGCGACCAAUUACUAAAGAUGAUUUUUAUAAUUUAAAUUAUUGUGAAGCAAUUGUAAAAGAAGUAGCUCGAAUUAUUCCAAUAAUGCGCUCAUUUGCAAGAUGUAUUGAUAAAACUGAUGAAAUAGCAGGAUAUAAAUGGCCAGCUGAUACAUUAUUUCGAAUUAAUAUUGAUGCUAUUCAUUAUAAUAAAGAUUAUUGGGAAGAACCUGAUAAAUUUAAUCCUGAUAGAUGGAUGGUUGAAGGUUUUGAAUCAAAGAAAUAUUCAUUUAUCAUGUUUGGUGGAGGAUUAAGAUUAUGUCCAGGAAGAAAGUUAGCAAUGAUUGAAUUAAUUUGUUUGAUGACUUUAUUGUUUAGG